UGAUCGAAGAAAGAUGUUUUUUGUCUUUCAGAUGUUGCCAGCAACUUUAGUAACUUUAGCGACAUUUUUAUUGGAUUUAUCGAGUGCAUCUCCGGUGUACAACAUGCAACCUGCAUUUAUCACCACAAAUAUAGGGUCAACAAAUGGCAGAAAUAUCCGCAACUUGCCAUGUGUAUCCAGGAAAAACAAUGGACUCACUGGAGUCUGCAUGUUUGCCAUAGAUUGUCUGAAAUCGAAUGGUACUCAUCUGGGUACCUGCAUUGAUAGGUUUUAUUUUGGCUCCUGUUGUCACAUUGAACCAAUCAAAGAAGCUGAGAAUAGCAUAGAAACGAAUAUAAUUUUGGACAGUCGGGUACCACCUGAAAGGGUGCACAAUACCACUUUGCUCAUCAGUACCAGCACGCAGCCGAGUUUCAGUAGCGGUACAGCCAUGGCACAAAACACAACAACAACCAAUGCACAAACAAAACUACCCAGUAUCACAACCACAAAGAGAUACUCCAGCACAAUGAGACCAACUACUACGAAAAGCAGCAGCAAAAGACCCAGUCUCAUUAUAAAGCCAUCUACAACAAAACCAAUUGAACCCAAACUUCCUUUGGCCAGCAGCACCAUUUUCACCAGUACCACUGAAGAGGCAACUACAACUCCCCAAAAACUGCAAACUUUCCAGAUUAUUGAUGGAGCGCUUCUAGAAACCACAACGAUUAAACAUAUUUCAGUUGGCACCUCAAAGCGACCCACUACUCCUCUUAGGACAUCGACGAAAAGUCCUGUCACUACAACCAAGCCCCGCCCAGCAGUCACGGCGCCUCAUAGGCCGUACCACAGGCCCAGCUCAACGUCUGCCACUCACAAACCUUCAAGACAUACAACUAGUAAACCUCCAGCAAAGCAUACCAGACCGACUAAAGGUUCAACGACUAAAAGACCGGUGACUAGUACAACUAGCAAAAUUACUAGCACGCGGAUACCUGCAACAACUAACCCGACACGAAGACAUACGCGGCCCACUGCAACAACAACAACAACAACAACAGCUAAACCCAUCAGAACUACAACGCCGCCUGUUCGAACCACAACCCAGUCACCUAGUAGGCAUCCUACCACCGUGACGACAAGAAAACCGUCACCUCCUACAACUCGUUCACCAAUAAGCACAACGGCGAAACCAUCAACGAGUUCCCUUAAACCAGUUUCUUCUACUUCAACUCAAACUACACACGUUGCUUCGUCCUCCCAAGCUUCUGGAAUAUCGACAAGUGUUCCUAGCAUUGAGGACCCAGUUGUAAAGAAAAACAUCACUCAAAUCAUGGAAACUGAAUUGAAUCCUGCAAACAAUGAAGUGAUUGAAAGCAGCGGUUUGCUGACUUUGAUUAAUGGAAGCAGCAUUUCAACCAGCACUGUUCAGCCUGCCACCACCAGCUCUGCACCAGUUUCGAGCCCCAUCACGACAAGCUCAGCAAAACCUGAAACAUCUGCUCCCACUGCUACAACCAGUACAACGAUCACGACCAGCACCGUUCCUGUAACCAGUCCAAAACCGCUGAUUGAACUUACAACUUGGACCGAAACUGUGAAAAAUGAAACCACCAUCAACAUUGUACAUGAGAAUGUGACCACUUCCAAUUUCACUGGAGAUUGGAUUCCGAUAACGACUCCAGACUCAUGGGUACCACUUCCAAGUCUGACUCCUGUUACCUUAUCACCAAUAGCAUCGCAAAAUGCCUCAACAGUCGUGUUGUCGUCAACAACUCCCGUUUCUUUAGAACCUUUAUCAACCAUCACUCCAGUAUUGACGUCUUCAACACAUGAUGUUUCUGCAUCAGAAUUUACAGAAUCUCCUUUGAUUACAAUGGCGAUAAAUACAACAGUUUCAUCAGUUGCAUCGACAACAUUUACAGUAGAUGUCACUGAAAAUACUACCGCAAUAACGGAAGCAGGUGGAGGUGGAACUUCUACCGAGACCAUGGAAACAACAUUGGAAAUGGAAACUUCAAGUAGUGCAACAACUACUGAAGAUAUAACUGGCACAAAACCAGUGAAUAUGAGUGAUUUUACUGAUGUAUGUGGUAGACGAAUGUGGCCCGAAGCCAGAAUUGUUGGUGGAGAAAAGUCCACAUUUGGAAAAUGGCCAUGGCAAAUCUCAUUAAGACAGUGGCGGACAUCCACGUACCUUCAUAAAUGCGGAGCAGCUUUGCUGAAUGAGAAUUGGGCCAUUACAGCCGCUCAUUGUGUCGACAACGUACCGCCAAGUGAUCUUUUGCUUCGUCUGGGUGAACAUGAUCUUUCCAAUGAGGCCGAACCUUAUUUACAUGAAGAGAGAAGAGUUCAAAUUGUGGCUUCACAUCCGCAGUUCGAUCCGCGAACUUUUGAGUACGAUUUAGCUUUGUUACGAUUCUACGAGCCCGUUCAGUUCCAGCCGAAUAUUAUUCCAGUUUGCGUUCCGAAAACCGAUGAAAACUUUGUGGGUAGAACGGCAUAUGUUACUGGAUGGGGACGAUUGUAUGAAGACGGACCUCUACCUAGUGUUCUUCAAGAAGUGUCCGUUCCAGUAAUAAACAAUUCCGUUUGUGAGUCGAUGUACAGAUCGGCAGGUUAUAUCGAGCAUAUUCCCCAUAUAUUUAUAUGCGCCGGUUGGAGAAAAGGAGGAUUCGAUUCCUGCGAAGGAGACUCUGGAGGACCAAUGGUAAUUCAACGGGAGGAUAAACGAUUCCUUUUGUCUGGUGUAAUAUCAUGGGGAAUUGGAUGCGCGGAACCGAACCAACCUGGAGUUUAUACGAGAAUCAGUGAAUUCAAAGACUGGAUAAAUCAGAUUUUGCAGUUCUAAUAUAGUUCAUAGACAGAAUUUGUUGGAGUGAAAAAUUGGAGUGGCGAACAUUCGGCUGACGAAUUUAAUUCGCCUAUUUCUAAUAAAUGGUCUAAUCAUAUUUUGCAACUAAAGUCAAUAUACCGAAUUCCUAGUCUGAAACAUAAAAUAAAAUGUGGACAAUGCAUCGAAUAUUAAUACAUAGAGUGUGAUAAAAAAACUUGACUUCCAUCGAAUUUCGCAAAUAGAAUUAUGCUGUAAAAAGAUUAAUGCUAGAUUAUACUGUAAAUAUAGGUAUAUAAGUAUUGAAGACUAAUUUGUAAUGUAGCAAAAUUGUGCGAACAGGUAAUUAUAGAUUGUCAUGACAAAAUAAAUAAACUCCUACCACUACUUAGUGGUAGUCCAUGCACCUGCAAAUCAUAUAUGAAAUUUCUGAACUCUGAAAAAAUAGGUUUCAUUUCUGAUAUACAAAAUAUAUCAGACUAGAACAAACAUUUUAAAAUAUUGAAUAUCAGGCCAUUGACUUAAAUAAGUACGCUGCUUGCUGUUAUUGUUAAUAUAUUAUGUAUGUAUAUUAUUUAUUUAUUUAUUUCAACUGCAGAAAUAACGAAAAUAUGUAUUUUCUAGGUAAUGAAAUUUAGUUUGUUACUGUUAUUUUGUACAUAUGUGAAAUGGUGCCUGUGAGAAUUAUUUCUGUAAAAAUAUAAGACAUUUAUUUAUUA